AUGGUUAAUAGGCAGAGAAGAUGGUAUAAAUAUAUAUUUUGACUUCAUAAAAUUAUUUUUAUAAUACAAUUUAAAUAUUAUAAUACGAUUGAUAAUUGAUCAUGGAGUGACAUCAUGAAGGCAUUGUUUUAAAGGAGAGUUUGAAGCUAUAGGAAUUUUUUAUCGUGAUCAUAAAUAAUUCAAAUCAUACUAUGUUUUUGAUUUGCAGAUGCAUUUGAAUACCAAGUUGGUAUAGUUGCUGUUGAAAACUAAAAAUAAUAAUAAGAAGGAGCUCCAAAAAUAAAAGUGCUUUGAAGCAAUAAAGAGUAUAUUGGAGCACCUGCUAAAACUUAAUCUAAAGAUUCUGAUAAAAAAUUUAUCAAUUAUGCUUUUGAUUAUUUAAAUUAAAUAAUAUAAAAUCUUACUCUACCUCUGAA